AUGCCACCCAAGUACCCUUCAAUUAGGAGGGGAAGGGAUGGAAUACCUGUUCUAUACGACAGUGAUGCUGCUCGGCAGUUUAAGGAGAAGGCUUGGUUUCCUCCACAGACAGCAUCCCAGGUAGAAAAUCUUGCCAAGGAAUGUGUAAGAGAGAGAGGUGGGGAUGUCAAUGACAGAAAAGACGUGCUAGGAGAGUUCGUAUUGCAAAGUGGGAAAUACAGAGGGCAGAAGUUUUGUUGGCUGCUGGAAAAUUGUCCUGGAUAUGUGGGCUGGUUUGUUGGGUCGAUUUUGGAGGACCGAGUGAAAGGCGACAAGUCCUCAGUCACUCAAAUGGCAAACAAAGAUUCCCUUUUGAUGUAUUGUUCCAUGUUUGAGGAGUCUCGGGCCAUUGUUAGCCAAAAACUAUCUGGUAGGAGCAAGAAAAUUCAAGAUGAAUGGAAGAGACUUUGUGAGAAAAGGAAUGUUGUACCUGGGCAACAAUUUCAUUUGCUUCUUUCUGGAAGAGAGCUGUCCCCAGAAGCGCUUCGGAGAAAGGUCAGAAGGAUUGCAACUCCCAAACGAGUAACACCAAAUUUAAAGCAGCCUUCGAGGUCACCAGCAACAGCAGAUGACAUGAGGUUACUCGAAGCUGUUCAAGAAUUUGAAGUGGAGUCUGGUGUUUUACAGUCCCCAGAAGUUGAAAUUAGUAAAGUGAGAAGAAAGCUUCUGCAAGAAUCGGCCCUGCCCUCAGCAACCUCCAGCACUGCUGCUCCUGCCUUAGUGAGGCCCUCCCCAACCUCCAGCACUGCUGCUCCUGCCUUAGUGAGGCCUCCCGCAACCGCCACUGCUGCUCCUGCCUUAGUGAGGCCCUCCGCAACUUCCAGCACUGCUGUUCGUGCCUUAGUGAGGCUUCCCGCAACUGCCACUGCUGCUCCAGCCUUAGUGAGGCCCUCCGCAACUUCCAGCACUGCUGCUCCUGCCUUAGUGAGGCCCUCCGCAACUGCCACUGCUGCUCCUGCCUUAGUGAGGCCAUCCGCAACCUCCCGCAAUGCUGCUCCUGCCUUAGUGAGGCCCUCCGCAACUGCCACUGCUGCUCCAGCCUUAGUGAGGCCCUCCGCAACUUCCAGCACUGCUGCUCCUGCCUUAGUGAGGCCAUCCGCAACUGCCACUGCUGCUCCAGCCUUAGUGAGGCCCUCCGCAACCUCCAGCACUGCUGCUCCUGCCUUAGUGAGGCCCUCCACAACUGCCACUGCUGCUCCUGCUUUUUCCACUGCAGAGCCAAGACUAUUGUCUGCCACAACAUCUGCCUCUAUUAAACAUGAUCUUGAGGCCCCAUCGACAGCCAGUAGAGACACAUCAGACACUCUGACUGUCCUGGCUGGAUGGAAGAAAACUCUGCCCGAUGUGGAUCACAAGUGGAUAUCAGAGACUUUUUUCAGGAUGGGGAAACGCGGCCCUGAAUUUGAUUUCACUAAAGUCUCCAAGCUUUGGUACCAGCCACCACAGCCAAGCCUUUCAGCAAGUAUCCUCAACAAACCAGAUCGGUACUUUGCUCAUCGGUUUUUCCUGUGGAUGCCCCGCCACCUGUUCCACAUGGACCUUGUUUGUCCUCAGGAGGAAUGCAAUGGAAAACUGACCAAUGCCGGAGUCCAUCAAAAAACCCGCAUGGUGUUGGAUGUAGACUCUUUCUACAACAUGGCUGGAGAGUACCUUAGUUGCCCAAAAUGCUCCAAAAAGGUCAUCAGUUGGAGUGAGGGUAUACUUAGGCAGCUUGACAACACCAGCAGGAAUCAGUUCCCAUGUAUUUUGACAUCAAAAUAUGCAUGCGACCUGAGGGUUGUCAGGCUCCUUCGUCAAAGAACCUUGGGAAAUAGCAGCAGUGCUGUGAGCAAGGUGAUAGAGGAGCAGCAUGGUGAGAAGUAUGUCACCAGCUUAGAAAGCUACUUCUCCAACUGCAAAUCUUUCCAAUCUUCUGCUCAUAGAGGUUUCUUUGGCAUCCUUCACUUUCAACGGCCACCACCCCAACCGCCAGUGCCAAGACACCGUUGGUUCAUGAAAGUGUACCAACUGGAUGUCAUAAACAGACUGGAUUACAUCAAGGCAUCCAUAACAUCCCAGUUUGGUGCCAUACUGAAGAUGGAUUCAACUAAAAAAAUUACAAACAAACUUGCAGGUCAUGGCAGAAAGACGGCAAUGUGGGCGACAAAUGUAGGGAAUGAAUACGGACAAAUACUCAUGUCCGUAUUGACUGAGGGAGAGGGGGCAUCCUUGAGGCCAAUGAUCGAAGGCAUUAUGUCACGCUAUGAGAAGGCAGCAGUAGAUCCUCCUCAAGUCCUGUAUGUUGACAGAGAUUGCUGUGGACCGGCAACAGUACACAAGUACUUUGAAAAUUGGCCAAAUAUUAGCAUAAGGUUAGACAUCUGGCACUUUAUGCGACGGUUCCCCUCUGGUUGUACCACUGACAAGCAUCCUUUGUACAGCAUUUUCAUGGGCAAGCUUAGUCAGUGUGUCUUCAAAUGGGAUGAGGAUGAUCUCCAGCUGCUAACAACAGCCAAGCGGGAAGAGAUGAUCCUCCAGGGAGUCGUCAACCCCCCUGAAAAGGAUGUCAGGCGAAACCUCUCCUCAACAGAACUGGCACUCCACUGUAAGCGUGUCACCCGAGGAACAGAGGAGACCCAAACGCUGAUAUCAGGCUUGAUACAGUCAUUGGAUGGCCCCAAAGGGUGCGACACAUUAGGUGUCCCAUUGUUUGAAAGCGAGAGGAUAGCUGAGGUGUGGAGGGUCCAACAACAACAUGUUUCCUGCAUCCAGGACCCUGAAGGUGUUCAUCUGUACACACAGACCGGUACCUUGAAGAAAGGUGGGGUUAGUCUGCCUGUGUACAGAUGUGCCAGAGGAUCGACCUCCCUCGAAAGUUUUCAUCUCCACAUGAACAGGUUUAUACCAGGGACCCUGGCCAACGACAUAAAUUUCCAAGUUUUUUUACUGGAUGGCCUGUUCCGUUGGAAUCUAGACAGGGAGGCUGCUGCUGUCAGGACAGAUACCAGGGAACGUUGUCCAAGGACAUACAGUGGUCCUCUUAAAAACUCGGUCAAUAAACUGUCUUUAGAAAUCUUAGGGGAACCUUUCUUCGGGGACUUUCGACCACCAGGGAUGUAUACAGGGGAGCUCAUAGGCAUUGAGUACUUAUACUCCCAAACAGGAAAAGGAUCAACUGAUUAUGCACAGGCUGUUCUAUCAAUUUCUGAGGAAGACAACCGUGACGUUGAGGAAGAAGAUGAAGGCUUCGAAGAGAUAGAAGACGUCAUUGAUCCUACAAUCCCUGCCCUUGAGUGUCAUCCUGAGCCAGUGCCUCCCAUUCUGCCCAUCCCGUCUAUGGCAGAUUAUGAAAAAAUGUUGGAAGACACAUGCAGAGCAGAAUCAGCAGAGCCAGUUUUAGUGCCUCUACACCAAGACCCUAAAGAUAAACCCCAGAACACUGCCGCUGAUGAUGAUGUAGUUGGUCCAGACAACAUUCCUGGUUACGGCCAUGUCUUGCGCCUUGCAACCUUCCUUGUUUCAUUGCGGGAUGCAAAGGGAUUGUUGCCAGCACAGCUGAAACAAUUGAAGGACUUGUGGAGGGCCCUCAGUGAUUACGACAAGCUGAGGACUGUCUUCUCUCCAAGACAUCAGAAGGGACAUCUCCAGGGCAGAUUUAAAAGCCCGAGGAAAAAGGUGGCACCUGGGGUCGAGAGUAUUGAAAGAGUUGUACUCGGUCCGAAUCAAGGACCCGCACAAUGGCCAAACUGUAACCGUUACACAGAGGCCACAGUUCAUCAACUCCUGCAGAUUUUUAGGAGCGAUCUUAGGAGGGGAGGGAGGUCCGUAACCAGGUUUUCAUUGGUUCUUGGGGCCUUCCAUCACAUCAGGCAUACAAUCCUUGAAAACCAUGAAGCUAUGGAGGAAACCGAUAUACAGCUCCCCCUCUUGAACAAAAAGACGCUUAGCCAAUGGUUUAAUGACAAAAGUAAGCAGCAGGACAAGAAGGUUUUAUCUCAAGGUUUAGAGCUACCGAGUCCUUCACUGACAACUAGCAAGGCUCCUGCUGCCCUGUCCAAACCUUCAGUGCUUCCGACCGGGGACACUCAGCCAUAUCCUUUCCAUAGUCCUCCGUCUUCUGUUGGCUUGGCCAAGGUUAAGGACAGGAAGAACAAACCAUCAUAUUUGAAGAUAUUGCCGUCCCCCAAUCCAGCUGUCUCAUUCCAACUUGUCACGGGUCCAGGGAACACAGCAGUACUCGUACUAUCAAGUGUCCCACCAGCUAGUGUUCCUUCUACAAGCCAGGGAGGAAUGAAACGGAAAGGAGAGGAAGUGAGGACUGCUGCUACGGAGGCCAAGAAACCGAAGAGAUGCGGUAAAUGUGGAGAAGAGAGGACCCCACCUGGCCACCAACAAUACAUGGGGUACAGAUACUGCUCCUCUGUGGACAACACACCUUUUACAGAGUGGAGGGAACAACUGAAAAAUGCAGGAGUAGCGAGGAAGAAGAAAGGAAACUGAUAUUUUCAAUUUUGGCAAUUUAAGGAUUCAAAACAUUCAACAGCAUUUGGAAUUUUUGGCACCAUAGUAAUACCG